ACACCUCCCGUCGUCCUCCUGAUUACUCCCCGCACGGUCACACCUGCCCUCCCAACACCAAGAAAAAAAAAACUGAUCGCAAUUAGUAGUUAAGGCAUAAUUUGAGGGAGGAGGAGAAGGGGAAUUAACUAAUUAUUAACCCAAUCGCGAGUGGCGAGGCGAUGAUGCAGCUGGGGGCGGCUAGGAGUUUGGUGAGGAGGUUCUCCCGUCUCGCCGCCGCGGCCCCGGCCGAUACGGCGGCGCCGAGAAUGCCGGCGUUCGACCACGUCCCGCUGCCCUACGACGGGCCCAGCGCCGCCGACAUCGCCCGCAAGCGCGCCGAGUACCUCAGCCCGUCCCUCUUCCACUUCUACUCCAACCCUCUGAACAUCGUGGAGGGGAAGAGGCAGUACCUGUACGACGAGCACGGGCGGCGCUACCUGGACGCGUUCGCGGGCAUCGCCACCGUGUGCUGCGGCCACUGCCACCCCGACGUCGUGGACGCGAUCACCGCGCAGGCCAAGCGACUGCAGCACUCCACCGUGCUCUACCUCAACCACGCCAUCGCCGAUUUCGCCGAGGCGCUGGCAUCCAAGCUGCCCGGAGAUCUUAAGGUCGUCUUCUUCACCAACUCCGGCACGGAGGCGAACGAGCUCGCCAUCCUGAUGGCGCGGCUGUACACCGGCUCCCACGACAUCAUCUCCCUCCGCAACUCCUACCACGGGAACGCGGCCGGCACCAUGGGAGCCACCGCGCAGAAGAACUGGAAGUUCAACGUCAUCCAGAGCGGCGUGCACCACGCCGUGAACCCUGACCCCUACAGAGGCGCCUUCGGCUCCGACGCCGACAAGUACGUCCGGGACGUGCAGGAGAUCAUCGAGUUCGGCACCACCGGCCAUGUCGCCGGCUUCAUAUCCGAAGCCAUCCAGGGUGUGGGUGGAAUCGUGGAGGUGUCACCGGGGUACCUGCCGCUGGCGUACGACAAGGUCCGGAAGGCCGGCGGGCUCUGCAUCGCCGACGAGGUCCAGGCGGGAUUCGCCCGCGUCGGCAGCCACUUCUGGGGGUUCGAGACCCACGGCGUGGUCCCCGACAUCGUGACCAUGGCAAAGGGCAUCGGCAACGGCAUCCCUCUCGGCGCCGUGGUGACGACGCCGGAGAUCGCACAGGUGCUGACCCGGCGCUGCUACUUCAACACGUUCGGCGGCAACCCGCUGUGCACCGCCGGCGGGCUCGCCGUCCUCAAGGUGCUCGAGAAGGAGAAGCUCCAGGAGAACGCCUUCGUCGUCGGCUCCUACCUCAAGGAUCGCCUUCGUGGUCUCCAGGAGAAGCACGACAUCAUCGGCGACGUGAGGGGAACAGGUUUCAUGCUCGGUGUCGAGCUCGUCACCGACCGGCAGCUCAAGACACCGGCGAAAGAUGAGAUCUGCCAUGCCAUGGAACAUAUGAAAGAUAUGGGAGUCUUGGUCGGCAAAGGCGGGUUUUAUGGGAACGUCUUCAGGAUCACUCCCCCUCUAUGCUUCACCAAGGAAGAUGCAGAUUUCUUCGUUGAAGUGAUGGACAUUGCCCUGUCGAAGCUCUGAGCUGAGACCCCAGACGGAGGGGCGGUACGGUGUACAGAUGGAAGGAAUCCUUGCUGAAGUUUCAGCUGCAUCAGAGUUCUAUGAUCUCAACCCAAGAGAAGGGGGAAAAAAACUUGCAGCUCGUAACUCCAGUCCAUGAUAAAUGAACCAAGCAGACCGAGUUGGCUUAUCGAUCGCUACUCUUCUAGCUUCAGCUUUUAUCUGGAGAUGACCUGAUAUGCUUGCCAUGUAACGUGCCGGAUAUAAUGACUGGGGUGUGGGGUCCAGUUAACCUUAUAUUUUAAGUGCAUCAGCCAUCAUUCAUCAUCUCUUAAAGCUCUGAACUA